CGCGAUAAUGUUCAGAGUUCGUGUGAGUGUGACAACAGUGCGACAACUAAUAGAAAUGAAAAUUAUACCAUGCAUCGGUGUACACAGGAACCUGGCAUGUUUGCUUCGGUCUAUGGGUGGAGUUCGGUGGAAGAGCAGCUUGAGACCAGCCCCCCUGUUAACAGCCACUCCUGUUCGUGCCCUCAUCGAUGAACAGAUCAGCAUCAAAGGAUGUUUCCUGCCACCUCAGUGUCCCGUCACAGUGUGUGCUCAAAUGCACAGUGAUGAUGGUGACCUGUGGGAGGCAUUCGCCCAUUAUAACACAAAUGCAGAUGGCACUGUCAACUUGACCAGGGAUCAUUCAGUCGGGGGUUCAUAUUUGGGCUGUGAGCCGAUGGGACUGUUCUGGGGACUGCAGCCAGCUCCUGGUUCAAGAGAAGGUUUGAGGCUGAGGAAAACAAACGUAGAGACUCCAUACGUAAUGCUCAUGUCCUUACUGGAGGGCCACGUGUCACCCAGUGAGAGACAGAGCACCAAGCUGGCUGCAAUAACUACUGAGCGCCGGUACAUGGCACCAGGUGUACGGAGAACAGAGAUCCGCCAAGAUGGAGUUGUGGGGACGUUGUUUUUACCACCUGGCCCAGGCCCGUUUCCAGCUAUGUUGGAUCUGUGGGGAAUGGGAGGAGGACUGGUAGAGUACCGCUCCGCCCUUUUUGCAUCCAGGGGCUAUGCUAGCUUUUCUGUUACCUACUUGGGGCACAAAGAUUUGCCUGGCCCUCAAACCUCUAUCAAUGUUGGUGAUUCAUAUUUCAAAUCAGCAUACCACAUACUUCAAGAACAUCGUCAGGUCUGUGCCGACAGAAUUGGGAUCAUAGGUACCUCCUUUGGAGUCUACCUGAGUCUUAGACUUGCCACUCAGGCUGGUGUCAAACCAUCCUGUUUGAUUUGUAUCAAUGGACCAGCAGGAAGUACCGUCAAGCUCUAUGAUGCAGAUGGCAGGAGUGAAAGCUCUGAAAGUGACCAGAAACAUAUGGUGUGUGAUAAUCAAGGCCAUGUGAGUUUCAAACACAUAUCCUUGCCUGCAAACAUUAUCCCUGAGACCAAAGUGAAGAUAGAGCACAUCGCCUGUCCAUUAAUGUACAUACUGGGUGAAGAUGACCAGAGUGCUUCAAGUAUGGAGAAUGCAAACCUGAUCGAGGAGACCCUGAGGGAUGCUGGUAAAUCCCAGCUGUUCACCCUUUUGUCGUACCCCGGUGCCGGUCACCUGAUUGAACCGCCUUACACACCAAAUUCCAGACUGUCCCUGUGGAGCUUCAAACCAAAAAAACUGUUCACUCUGUGGGGGGGUCACCCGGCUCCCCACGCUGCUGCACAGGAAGAUUCCUGGAAGAAGAUCUUGAAUUUUAUGGGAAGUCAUCUGAGACGGUAAUCUGUGGUACAUCUUGAGAUAGAAAAUAUUGCCUUCUGACGAGUCAUGACUGAUGUAUUGUCUGGUUUCAGGUGCGGCGAUACCGAGUGCCAUUCUAGUAAAUGUAUAGUUCUUCGUGUGUUAUCAUUUAAUUAAUGCAACAAACUUUUAUACCAAAUAUGUAACAAAGAAUCGUCUUCCAGUGUAGUCAAAAUCGUCUCAGACACCUUAAAGAAAUUCAGACACUUUUUCUGUAAUCCUCAGAUGUUUAAUGAGUAGGCAUGCAAAUCAGUUACUACGGUUGUUUUUGGAGGAAAAGCUCUUGGCAUGCUGAGGUAACCAUGGCGACGAGGUUGAUGAACUCUUUGAAGUCGAUCUCCAGGUCUCCGUUCUGAUCGAGGUCCGCAAAGAGCUCGUCAAGAGUGUCAUUAUCAUGGAUUUUCUGUUCAGCGGGAAAAUUGAAUGACAGUGAAUCAGAAUCAUCUGCUGGCUAUUUUAUUUAUUUAAUAUAACUCUGUACACUGUGACACCGUGAGGUUGAAAUGCU